CAAAGCGGUCAGCAAAAGUACAGGAGCGCACGAAUGACUCAUUUUUCCACAAGAUCGAAGCGUUUGUUGUAUCAUAAUUCGCAGAACAUGAUGCAAUUGAUAGAUUUUCAGUUGGUGGCACUGUUGAUAAUCAGUUUUUGCAGCCUCCAAAAGCUUCGAUUGAACAUUGCUCCAACAUUGCUCUAUUUCACAUGCUCGUCAACCGAAGGGUGUACUUUUUAUUAGUUCUGAUUCCGCUUCAAUUGCUCAAGUGAAACACAUCAACUUAAUGCCUGGAACUAUGAAUUACCGUCGUCGUAACCGUUGUCAUGGCAUCGUUAGUAAAUAAAUGAACGUAAAAUUGCAGAUUGCUCAAGUUAAGGAAGUUUAAUCUAUUGGUGACUUAGAUUUGAGAUUUUAUGCUUUAUCCGGCGCUUUUUUUACAAGCCAACUCACUAGACAUAGCUUUGAUUGUCAAAAAAGAUAUUUUAUUGCUCGCUUAAUAUUAUCUGUGCAUGUCCAGCGCUAUCAUCACACCUGUUGACGAAGACUAAUAUUCUUUUAUUCGUUCAUGAUAAUUCUUUACUGCUGCAAAGGGCUAUCUGACUUCGAACUGAAUGAAAAAUUGGAUGGAUGCUGAGAAAUCGUCGCUGUAGACAGAGUUGUGGGCUUUGGAUUGAAUGUUGGGACUAAGCUCAUUUCACUUUUACCACCUAUAUCGCUCAUCUGCAAGAAGUGCUACCAGGUUAUGUGCGAGCGGCAUGUAUGGUACGAUCAGCGAUAUCCUAUGCCUAUUUUUUGUGGAAGCUCUUCAUCCGGGUGACUCUCGCCCGGAAGGGAUUGCUCGAAUUCUUGAGACAAAGGCCGAACAUGAAGUGGCACGGGCAUCAGCGAAGUGUAAGACCGCCGAUCCCAAGGCUUUGGCCAUCAUCGCAAGGAUCUCCAGAGGUGAUAUUAAUGCAACACUACUUUCCUGCGCGAAAACAACAAGUUUCCGGUUUUGCCAACUAACACCAAGGUAGCUCAACAGUUGCUGCAUAAUUGGCCACCUUAGAUCUUCUCCGUCGGAAUCAGAUUUCAGGCAUAUCCAGCGCACCAGUCCAUGAUACGAAACGGCUCGAGUCGUGGUUCAUUCUGCGCGAAUUCAUUAUAAAACAAGAAUUCCCAGUUUUGGAAGAAAUUGCAUGAAUUUGUGGUGGCACAAAUGGAUCAAUAGCUCAAGCUCGAUGACUUGUAGUCUCGGCUCGAGGCUGUUGGGGACAUUGCAAAGAAAGACGAACGUCUAGUUGUCUUGUUGGAUAGCAUUUCCGUUCAAGUAUUGGCUGACAACGAGCGCUAGACGUAAACUCGUUUUUUUAUUGCUCUACAUUGCAAGACAAUCCAGUUAUCUUUGGUGAUUCGUCAGUCGACAUCUAGUUUUUUCGUGGCCGAGUACGUUUGCUGCACUAUAAGCGAUAUGGCUGCGAGAUCUCAAGGAAUAAUGCCGUAUGACCGUGGUCCAUGUCGACAAUACGGAAGACAUUGCGAUAGCCAAUGACCAGAUACUAGUCUCAAGCGAAGUACAUAAAUCUACGCUAACAAUUCGUUCUUAACGCAUUUACGAUGGUCACGUACGUACUAACUUCCGAUUACCUCGCUGACUUCAU